AUGACAUCGAUCAGCUCUGAGAUGAUCACCUGUUCAAUUGGUAAUCUGACCAAAGGAUAUGCCAAACUCAAAGUUACAAUUGACACCAACACCUAUUUCUCAAACAAUACUCUGGCCAUAUAUAAUUCCCCCCUACUGAGUAAUAACUGUGGAUAUCAGGAUGCUUGUUCUUCUCAUGGACAAUGUGUGAAUGGAAGAUGCCAAUGUGAUAGAUAUUGGGGUGGAGUACACUGUGAAGUCCAUACAGCAACUGGAGCAUUGAUCAAUAAUGUUGAUACUACACCAAAGACAACAUUCCAAUCUGCUGAUUCACACUUCUUGCCCAAUGUCAUUGACAUCUUUGCCAUCCAAGAGUUGGAUAUUGAUCAACGUGUUGUCAAGUCUGUCCCAACUACUGCUUGGACCAUGUCCCAACCAACCAACGAUAAAGUCAACAACAUCACAUCUAGAUUGUAUACUCUGGCCAAGGUGGAUGCCCAACCAACUCUCAUUAUCACAGUGUUGGUCCAAGAUCUUCUGUUCCCAGACUCGAACAACUCAACAAUCAUGAUCACCACUGAUGUUGUGAUGAAUGUUUCAAUCCAAGGAUGGACAUAUCAAUCAAACAUGAACACUUUGAGGGUUGUUCUCUUCAAGAAUGCCUCGACGACAACUGUUACCACUGGUCCAAACUGUGGAAGAGUGUUCCUCUUUGGUUGGGACUCAAUCGACAACAACAUGCAAUACUUUAGAGAUACUGAUUAUGAUCAGUUGUUUGCCACCUUCCCAACGUUUGGUCUUUCUGAUGGUUUGCCAACAUUCACCAGGAACGAGCUGAUCAGUUCAUCGACCAACCAGUCACUGUUUGGUAUCAACUUGCCACAAUGUCAACAAUGCAGUGUCAGUCCAUCGUUCUCAGUGUUGGACAGUCCAGACUCUAGAAACAAUCGUCUACAGUAUGGUUGUGAAGGUAAUGGAACCAAGGGUGAUAGCCGCAUAGGUGUCUCUGGUAUCGUUGCCAUUGCAGUUGUAUGUGGUGCUGUAUUAUUGGCAAUCAUCAUAACAAUCAUUGUAUUGGUUGUUAGAAGAGUUAGAAGAUCAAGAAGAGAGGAGUCUGGUAAUAAGAUGGGUCCACUAUAA